AUCCCAGCGACCGAAUUUAUUAGUUAAAAUCUCUGGUUUGCUGGAUUUUGAGCAAAAUCGUAAAAGACAAUAAGCAUCAUGAAGUUAAUUCAAACCACAGCUGGAUGGCUGAUAAUUAGCUCAGCCCUCAUCGUCAGGGUGCAGUCGGCUGUCACCUGCUGUUUGAGCCUCACAAUUGGCUGACGUGGUUUUUGCCAUCAGAAUUGCUGGAGAAUUACUCCAGUGUAGAGGCACCACUUUUAAUUAAUAGUUAACCAGCAGAUCCCAAUGCAUAUCCCCCUGUUCAAAGUCCAGUGUAGAGCCAUGAUGGAGUUUACAUUUCUGUCGUGGAAACUCGUUGCAACUCCCUGAGCCAAAUCCUUGGAUGGAGCUGUUCCACGGCAGCAGCCGGGCUCCAGCCCUGGAGGAGGAGCCCCCAGAACCCACUGGGCUGGGCAGGACCUGAGGGAGGCUGGGGGCUCACCCCUCACUCAGAGAGCCCCCCUGGGCUGGCACCAGCAGAGCUCUGCAGAGAGAGGAAAAUCAUAGCUAUGAGUGUCAAGGGGCAGAUUUUUGUGGUUUGGGUUUUUUCUGAUAGGAAAUCGUAUUUCAGGAGUAGUUUUUGGAAACUGUACUUAGUGCAGAAGUAAUCCUAAAAUUGCCUGUAGUGCAAAUUUAAUACAGAGUUAAUGCAAAGGGUUCAUUACUAUAAACAUAGUCCCUGUUUAAACUGCAGUACAAAUCCUCAAGUGCCAAGGUUGGAUCACUCUGUUUUCCCAUUGCACUGGUGGCUUCAUUCAGUUGAGAAUCACAUCUUUGCCGUGCUGAGGUUGCUGUUCAGUGACAGAAUGUGUUGGUUUGGUUUCCCUAAGCUGACAGACCUGUUGCAGCAGUAUGCAACUUCCUUCAGGGACCCCAUGAUGCUGCAGCCCCCGGAGUGGUUCAAGGCCUUCAUCUACUGUGAAGCCUUUCUCCAGCUGCCGUUCUUCCCCGUCGCCGCCUACGCCUUCCUGAAGGGUGGUUGCAGAUGGAUCAGGACUCCUGCCAUUAUCUACUCCACCCACGUAGCCACCACUCUGUUUGCCAUCCUGGCCCAUAUCCUGUUCCACGACUUCUCCAAGUCCGAGCACGUGGGCCCUCAGACGCUGCGUGAGCGCCUCGUUCUGCUCUCCAUAUACCUGCCCUACCUGCUGAUCCCCCUCCUGAUCCUGUUCACCAUGCUCUGCAACCCCCACUACAAACACGUGGAGAAGAGAAAAAGGAAGUAGCCCCCUCUGGAAGUCGUACCCACCACUCCUGUCCUGGAUUUGGUUCCAACCCUGUGCUCACGGAGUCCUCUGGGACAAACAUCCCUCUUGUGUUGGCUGCAACAGCUCCUGCCAGGGCACUGCAAGGGAAAAUGGAAUUGGUUUGAGUGCACAGCUCUGCUUCCACCACAAACAGCUCUGCCAGAGGCUGGGCCAGCAACCCCCGGGGCCUCUGGGGUCGGGUCUGUGCGGGGCCUCUCCAGCAGGAAAAUGGACAUGUAACCCUUGAUGUGUAACUGUGAGGGCACACACUCACACUGCAGCUGGUAUUGUUCUUCCAAGUUCCCUUUUUCCAAGAUGACUGUUUGGAAACCACUUAAGUAGGAAAUCUGUCUUCCAACAGCAUAUUCUGCAGACUCCCCAAGUGAUUACACCCAGAUUUGCAAAGCUGUGCUUCUGAAACGUUUCCAAUCAUAUCCUGAUUCUUAACUUCCUCACCCCUUCCUUUGAAAUUUCCCUGCCUUUGCUUUGCUUCAUUUUGAUUAAUUAAUGUCUGAUCAGUGGUAAAUGUGCCAAACUCUGGAUUUAUGAUACUUAAAGUUACCUUUGAAAAUGAAGAAUAUUGCCUAGAGGAUUUUGAAGUACUUCAGGAAUUGUAAACAAGGAAUUGCAAAUUUCUCACUUCCCUGAAAUCAUUUAUAGUAUGGAAAUAAAUAACUCCCUGCAAUAA